AUGUACUACAAAUGGGCAUAUACAUCAUUUUUCAUAGCCAUAUUAUUGACGCCAUUUCUAAUACCCACAAAUAGUGCUUUAGCUCUGAAGUAUAGAAGAAUAAAAGUGGUGUUAAGUAUAUGUUUGUUGAUAUCGGUAUUGAUCAGUGUAACGCCAGAGAAGGCGGUUAAGGGGGGACCAGUCCAGACAUUUGGACAGUCAACAAUAGCGCUCUUGGGAUGCAGCUUUCAAAUAAUGAAAUUGGGUUCAUUCUGUGACCCAAGUUCGGGUGUUAAUGCUCGUGAAUGCUUCUGCGUCAACCCAAAUGCUAUGUCGACAAUUUCAUAUUGUUACAUGACAGCACACGAAGGACAAAUAGACUCAUUUUUGAAGGCUUGUGCAACACAAUUUAAUGUUACGGUUACCAGAGAAAGAUUUGAGGAAUCGUUCAUCAAUUAUACGAAAUACGCAAGGGUUCCAGACCAGCUUGAUCCUUCAGGAGUGGUUAAUCAUCCGAUAAAGUUGAAUGAUUCCAUGAUACUGACGUACACACAUGCAUACGACCAGUUCCUAGGCAAUUAUGAUAGAUCUGUAUAUUAUGGUGGCAUUUUGGUUGGGUAUUGGUUUGUCGUCUUCUUGCUCGCAGCUAUGGGAAAUUGGUCAAAAAUUUUAUUCCCGAAUACUGUCAUGAAAAUGACUGGUAGAAUUUCGAAUGUAUUUCGUAAAAAAAUAAGUUUACCAGCUACUGGAGGGAAAAGAAAAACAAGCGAGAAACCAUUUCUCAGAAUAUUGGACAUGUUGGUUCCUACCAGGGCUGAAACUUUAAUAUUAAUAGGAUUUUCAGCCUUAACUAUCCACCUUUUACAAAGUAAAAUUGAAUAUAUUGAUGGCGAUCCAGUCUUCAGUAACAAAAUUUCUGCUUUAUUGCGUUAUACUGCGGUAAGAGCAAGUAUUAUCAGUAGUGAAACCAUACCAUUGUUAAUUCUAUUUGGUGGUAGAAAUAACUUCUUACAAUGGUUAACAAGAUGGGAUUAUUCCACGUUUAUUACCUUUCACAGAUGGUUGUCACGUAUCAUAUUUUUCCUUGUCGUCAUUCAUGCUGUCUGUUAUUCCUUUUACAUGGGAGAUUACUUUGAGACUAUGCGCGAGACAUAUUUGAUAUGGGGGGCUAUUGCAACUGUUGCUGGGGGUUUUAUAAUGAUCCAAGGCUUAUUAGUAUUGAGAAGAAGGUGGUAUGAGAUGUUCUUAAUAAUACAUAUUGUCCUUGCAGCAUUAUUCAUAGGAGCAUCCUGGGUACAUGUUAAUGACCUCUACUGCCUCUGGUUCUAUUAUUAUGCUACAGCAUUAUGGGUUUUCGACAGAGUGAUAAGACUAGGGAGGUUAUUCUCGUUUGGUUUUCCUAAUGCCAAGGUUGUAUUAUUAGCAGAUGAAACUUUGAAAAUUAUAGUUCCAACUCCAGAACACUGGGAGUCGGUCCCAGGGGGGCAUGCAUUCAUUCACUUUUUGACUCCUACUUGCUUUUGGCAAUCACAUCCAUUUACCUAUACUAUUGCCGUUGAUGAUCCCAAUAAAAUAGUGUUGUAUAUAAAAGUGAAGGAAGGUGUAACGCAACACAUGUAUAAGUAUUUGUUGCAACACCCAGGCAAAAGUACUAAUAUUAGAGUUGCAAUAGAAGGUUCGUAUGGUGAAUCCACUGCGGCGAGCAGGUACGAUACAGCUGUGUUUGUUGCUGGUGGUAAUGGAAUUCCUGGUAUAUACGCAGAGGUAUUCGACUUAGCGGUUAGGACUAAUGAUUUAAAACAAUCAUUAAAACUAAUAUGGGUAAUUCGGGAAUAUAAAUCUUUAUUUUGGUUUUAUGAAGAAUUAUUAGCAUUGAAAGGUAUUAAUAUUGAGACUACGAUCUAUAUUACAAAACCAGAAUCACAUAUUUGUAUACAAGAGUUCAAUAACAGACUUUUGAACACUGAUAUGGAUAUAUCAAAUGACAUGGGUCAAGGCAAUGAUACAGUAUUGGGGAAUAUGUCUAAUAAGGAACACAAACAAUGUGAUAUUGUCAAAAAAAUUAAAACGGAGUUGAGCCACAUUAAAGUUAUAGAUGGAAGGCCAAUGAUGGGCUUGAUGGUUGCACAAAAUAUUCAGGAAGCAAAAAAAUCAGCUGCCUUCAUAACAUGUGGUCAUCCAAAUAUGGUAGACGAUAUUAGAGCAUCAGUUGUAAAGAACAUUGAUAAUGAAGAACAUAAGAGGGUAGAUUACUUUGAGCAAUUGCAGGUUUGGGCCUGA